AUGUUAAUAUUUAUAUUUAGCAAUAUAGUGAAUAGCCAAAGUUCUCAAGAACAAACUAUAUAUAACCAAGAUAUAAAAAGAGAAUUCAAACCUUUUGGGGAAAAUGGAACAAUAUUUACUAUUUUGCAAGAUAAUGGUCAAGAUGACCCAAAUAAAAAAGUAUUGGCAAUAGGAACAAAACAAAAACCUACUUCAAGAAUUUCAUUUAAUAGCGAAGGUCUUUUUGAUUAUUUUGCACCACCAGAAAAAGAUAAUGUUAAUCCAAGUUUUGAUGUUUUAAAUGCAGCUGUUUAUGAAGGAUGUUUAGUAAUAUUUUAUAAAAUACAAGGAAAACCAAUGAUAUCUUUGUAUAAUACAAGGAAAAAGAACUCUGAUCCAAUUACAUAUCAACUAAGUCACAAUAUUGAUGCACUUUCAGUUGAUGAUACUUUUGUAUGGGCCGCCUAUAAAACUAAAAACUCGACAACCAUUAGACCAUAUGUCCACUCAUCAUCAAUUGGGGGAAAAUGUUCAAAAUUUCAAAUGAAAGAUUCUAGUAGUGGUGUAGUUUCAUAUAAUGUCCCAGUUGCAAGUCCACAAACCGUUAUUUCUCAACAUUUAACAACUAGCCUUAAAGGAGUUAGACAUAUUUAUAUUUUCGAUAAAGAUAAUCACGUAUUAUUAAAAUAUGACUACGACCCAUCAUUAGGCACUUUUACACCUGUCCCUGGUAUUAUUAACAUUGGUUCAGCUUGCGAUGUCAAAUUCUUCUAUUUCGAUCCAAAAAAAGAUAUUAGUUAUUUCAUGGCUUCUUAUGAUGAUGGUUAUAAUAUUUAUGCUGAAAAAUCUGAAAAAUCAAUUAAAAUUUCAAAUAAAAAAGAUACAAAUAAUUACUGUGGUCCUUUUGCUUCAAUUGAUUUAGAUACUUACUAUUCGAAACCAGGGGAUACAUCAUUAUAUAGAUACACUCCAGCUUUUGGAAUUAACGUUACAACUCCAUGCUUCAACCAAACAAAUGGCAAGAUUGAAAUUUUAUUACCAAAUCCAAAUGAUUAUAAAGUUAAAUGGAAUGAUGGUUCAACAGCCCUUGUUAGAGAUAAAUUAAAAGAAGGAAACUAUACUUUUUCUUUUUCACUCAAAGAUAUAGACCGUGAAAUAAAUAGAAAAAUAUUCAGUUUGAAAGCUCCUGACAAUCCAAUGCUCUAUGCUAUUAAUCAAUCAUGUGUUGGUACUGCAAAUGGUAUUAUAAACUUCAACUCGACAAAACACGAUGACCUUUCAUACUCAUACUUUUACAUGUGCCCAAACUGUACCGGUUCAAAAGUUAACAAAACAACCACAAGCUCCACUGGUAAAUUCUCUCAUCUCUUUGGUGACUUUACUUAUAUUUUCUGGCUUGAAACUGUCGAUUCCCAUGGACACAAAUGUGUAUACGAUAAAACAGAAAUCACUUUAGAAAAUGUUGUAAUAGAUGAACCAAAAAUCGAAUAUACAAAUAAUACUUGCUACAAUUCUAGUGAUGCACAAAUCUCAAUCCUCAACUACAACCCAAAGAAAUACCUUUACAAAUUUGCUUCAACUCAGAAUAUAACAAACACUGGUAUUAUCUAUCAAAUUCCAACUCGUGAUGGAAGUGGCUUUAAUAUUGAUAUUAUAGAUAGAAUUAGCAGAUGCUCCAGCCAUGUAAAUGUCCCAAUUAAAUCACCACCAGAACCAAAAUAUCCUGUAAUUUUCCCAGUAAGACCAAAGUGUCAUGGUGGAACAGGUACUCUAGAUAUUAAAGAAAUUCCGGGUAUGAAAUAUAUUGUCACAGGACCUGGUGGCAAAACUAUUAUGCCACUAUUUGUUAAUAAAACAUUUAAAUAUAAAAACUUACAUGCAGGAAAAUACCAUGUAGAUUUCUCAAUUGAAAAUGACAAAUCAAAAGUAUUAUGUAGUGCUGGUAGAAUCAACUUUACAUUAACCGAACCAAAACCAGUUAAAUUAUUAGAAACAUAUAUUCAAGCUGAAGAUUGCUCAGCAAGAUCAUUGGCAGAUAUGAUCGUUUAUGCAAGAGGUGGCACACCUUUAAAUGGAACCACCUAUUUCUUUGAUAACAAAUAUUCAAAAAAUGAUGGUCCAUUUUUGAAUGUCUCUUUCUGGGUCGACGGAAUUUACAAAUUAAAUGUUUCAGAUGCAAAUCAUUGUACUGUUCAAUACAACAACGUAACCAUUAAAAGACCAUCGAAGUGUCAAGUUCAUAAUAUUAAUGGUAUACCUCACCUUGGUGUAAAUAAUCAAAACAAUGCCCAUCAUUCUGACACUAAAAAGAGUAAACUAGGUCUCAUUUUGGGUCUUUGUUUAGGUAUUGGAAUUCCAUUUUUAAUUAUUGGUACCGCUUUGGCUGUAAUAUUAAUUAAGAAAUAUGCACACUUUUCAAGUACGCCAACCCCUAGAAACCAACCCCGUCCUAAUACCGUACCAGUAUUUAUGGGCGGUAAGAUUCAUAACAUAGAUAACUUUUAA